UUGCGCCCGUCGGACACGCGUGUUUUACGGUUUUAUUUUUUGAACCCAUCCCUUCAUCACGACCACCCCCCGUCGGAUGCACUUGGUCUAGGUCUAAUCGGCCAGUUCCGCCGCCGGCGGGUAAUUUCUCCCAACAGUGCAUCGCGAUAGUGUUGUAAAAAAACAAAAAAAGCGAAAUUUUGUUCGAUCGUCAAAAAAWUACGUAAAUCCCUAGUAUUAUAAAUUGUACUGCAUCGAUUUUCGUUUGGUCGCGUUUUCGUGGUACAGCAAGUAAUGAUUCAGAUUUGGCGGCCGACCGUGGAUUGUUGACGACCGCCGCCACCAAUCCAUAUAAUAUUACCGUAACCGCGGGUGUGCAUCGCAGCUAUUUCUAAUCCCGCCAGGGACUUAUUGAGGAUCAACGUCGCUCAGAACUGAAAAUGUCUAAAAGCGGCGGCGUGUCACUGUCACUGCGGCUGUUGCUGCUGUCGUCGGCCUUGGCGACGGUGRCCGUAGCCCAGUCGAACUAUGAUCARGUCGAAAACAGCAUCGAAUUCCCUAGUCCAGACCGGGGCYUGCCCGAGUCCACGGUGCUGGACGGCAAGGUCACCAAGCUGGACGAAUUAUCGCCAGUGAUAUUUCUGAACAGGACCAAAGCGGCGUUAAACUGUGCCGCUGGAUUUAUGCAGAUUGAACUCAAAUUUGAAGAACCUUUUUACGGUAGGGCUUAUGCGGACUUCGACCGGAGUAGCGCAUGCAUGGUGACUGGCAAAGGUAACAACACGGCCAGGAUCGAUUUGCCGCUAAAAGGAUGUGGUACAAGACAAGAUCCACAAAGAGUUUUUACCAACAACAUUGUAGUGAGAUUYCACCCCUUCCUAGAAAUGGAUGGGGACGAAGUGGUAACUAUAGUGUGCAGGUAUCCACCACCCAUUGCUCCACCACCAGCUGGUAUUCCUAACAAAAUUAUCGAUUUACCAUCGACGCCACUGGAACCACCACUGAAGGGAUUCCAGAUCCUGUUGAUCGUGUGUGGUAUCUUGUUCUUGUCACUGGUCUUGCUGGGUCUCGGUUGUUCGUACUACUGCCUGCGCAACCAGCAAGUGCAGGUGGUCCGUCGACACCCACUGUCGACCAUCGGCUCUGACAAAUUGUCUGACUCUAGCCUGUCCAUGUUUGAUGGGCUGAAGAUACCGCGUGCUCGAGCCCCAACCCUGGACAGUUCUUCCGGUUCAGAAAUGGCUUUGGUCAGUGCUGGUGACACGUUGCCCAGYGACUACCCGUCCGAAUCACCCAGUUCCGGGCACUCGGAAGCGGAAGACGUUGAUGGCCGUAGUUUGAGACGAUCACCGAGUUCUGGUGGAUCGUACGAAAAUCGGGCGUUCCAGCAAGAGUACUACGGAGAACGGUACCAACAUUUGCCGGCGCCGACCAUUACGCCACCACCACCACCAGUACAACCUAAGUUUGACGUUCAACUUCGAGUGAAACGCGCCCCACCMCCCACACCCAGUCCUACUCCACCACCAUCCGAGUCAGAGGCGAGCGUGGCAGCGUUGGAACGGAACCUAACUACUAUUCUAGAAAAGGACGAGACGAUGUCGACAACUACGACAACAGCAGCGGCUGAAGAACGGUAUCGGCCGGUGUACUCGACGGUGGUGCGUAAAGACAGAGAUGAGACCGAAUGGUAUAGGACGGAAGAGAACGUGAUGACUACGGAUGCUGAUAUAAGAAGGCCAACACCACCACCUCCACCAACGGUGCAACUGCAUACUACGGACAACAGCCAUCGCUAUGCCACCACAUCCAAGUACACGACCGAGAUGCAAGUAGACGUCAUCGAACCGCCAGUGGUGCCGACUAAACGGCCGGAAAUCACGUCACACACGGUUGAUGACGUGUUCCUAAARACAAUUACCGAAAAGAAAACRAUCGAAGAUAUCGAACGGCAUCGCCGCGAGGUGGUCGAGUACAAGCCGCGACCAGUGCCGCCGCCGGCCAACUGGGACGUGACCAUCAAAAACUAUCCAAACCCAGAUGCGUUGUAUCCGCAAUCAGGYGAAGACACRGCCACGGACUGGGAUAGUUACUCCGAGGCGUCGUCGGUGACCGGUUAUCCACCAACCGGCGUCGAUCGCCAGUCCAGGAUUCAGUCGUACAAUAGUAACGUAAUGUCAUCAGCCACUUCCGAAGAGAAUAACAUCAGGUACCUGAGCACCAUGGACGUGCCGGUGCCCAGACCAGACAACUGGGAAUCGUUGGUCCGAGUUCUGGAACCGGAACCGGAGCUGGAACCCAACGCCAGGUACAGGGUCGAGCAAACACUGACACUGGAAGACAAACGUAAGUGGAGGCAGAUCAUCACCACCGAGUCGACACUCCGACAACUUAUCACCGAAGCCACCGUUCGGGAAGACUUUGAGCGCAUCCGCAGCGAUCCCAAGUACGAGAGAAUAUUYGAACCGGAAAAAUGGGACGUUAUUAUCCGUGUGAUCGCACCACCACAGCACUACGAUCAGAAGGUCACUGGUUCGUCUAACAGGUACACCAAGAAAAAGACCGAGUUUGAAGGUGCCAGGACUAGAAGAAACUCGCUGCCCACCGUUUACGAGUAUGAUUCUGAUGGUGGGUCUAGCGUGAGGACGUUGACGGCGGUCGACGACCAUGGUCCGAUGGGACCAGCCCGAUCCAGGAGAACGUCCAGGUCGAGUUUUAAAUCCGACAUGGAUGUAAGGUCGAUGAGUGAAAUGACGGUGGACUUCCGGCGACCGGAAAUGCCGGACAACUACAGCGACGUAAGCUCGGCAUACAACUACAAUUACCAGCAGAAUCAGCACCAGUACCAGUACCGUCGGGGUGGUUCUUCUUAUUACGCUGACGAUGACGGCGGCAGUCUUGUCCGGUCGCUCAGCCAACCGUCGCUUGCCCGGUCCGCGUCCGAGUUUACCGAAAACAACUGGGGACUUCGGAUCCGGUCGUACGAGGACGGUGACGACCUGAGCAGUCCAGAUCGCACGCCGAGGUCUUCGUUCAGAUCGACUCACGGUCCGCAGCAACAGCAGCAACAGCAGUCGUAUUCCACCGAGACGGAGUUUGACGGAACUCGUGCUACCACCACGAGCACGCAUGCCACUAGUGGCCGGAGGAGGAUGUUCGGUGGCCGUACAGUGUCCGCGGCAGAGUGGUUCCAUGACUCGGACGAAAACGAUGCCACGUACAGAUGA